AUGUAUAUAAGUGGUGUUCCUGGAACAGGAAAAACUGCCACAGUAGUAUCGGUUGUUAAACAACUAAGUCAGAAUAAAUCAUGUCCUAAAUUUUCAUUCGUAUAUGUCAAUGCUAUGGAGUUUGUGGAGCCGAAAAAGAUCUUCGUUGCGAUUUACAAUCAGAUUACUGAAAACGAGAAACGCAUAUCCGCUGAAGCGGCCCGCAGGAAACUCAAUAGAAUGUUUGAAAUGUCCGAUAAACGACGUCCACCGAUUGUGAUUCUCGUCGAUGAGCUUGAUCAGCUUUGUACUAAAAAACAAGAGGGUGCGGCGCGAAUUUGCUUCCAGCCGUAUGAGUUCCAGCAGAUAGAAUGUAUCAUUCGUGAUCGCCUCAAAGAGUCUGCCAACGCUAUUGACGAAGGCGCUGUACAGUUUGCCGCAAGAAAAGUUGCUGCUGUGACUGGUGAUCUUCGCAGAGCGAUGGAUUUGUUACGGCGUGCUAUCGAGAUCGCGGUUGAACAGGGUGCAAAGAAGCUGCUUGUUGAGCAUGUGCUGUCUGCAACUCGUGAGGCAUCUUCUACACUGCUUGUACACUUCGUGAAAGGGCUGUCCAAGCACGGUUUACUGCUAUUCCGUUCGGCGAUAGCUCUGGCAGAAAAAAGGGAUGACUUCUCGUUUGCUGAGCUUCAUGCACAGUACUUAUCGUUUGCCACGAACCUCGAAGGUAUUGAGCCGCUGGUUGAGUCAAUGCUCAUUUUGCUUGUUGGACAGUUGUGCUCGACGAAGCUGUUGGUUCAAGCGUCUGGUAAUCACAUGCUUCGACGGCGUAUUCGCUUGGGAAUGUCGUAUCAAGAUGCUCAGUCAGCUAUCAGAAUUCGUGAGAAUGCUAACAAAGAAAACCAAUGA